AUGAAAUCAAUCCUUCGUCGCGCGUUUGCAUCAUUGGAAUUCGUAAAUGAUCAUUUGAAACAGUAUAUACUUGCUGUUGUUCAGCCACAUGUUGCUGCUGUUGAACGAAAUGUUGUACUAACGAUCGGAGCAACUGGAAUUGUUUCCAUUUCUUCUUCAAUGAAUAUCGAACGAACAGAUAGAUCAACGCACAGCCAACAAUUAGUAGUAACAUCGUCACAGCAACAUCUCGCCAAUUCAAAUGAAAUUGUUUUUGGUGCGCAUCAAAUAUGUUCUUGA